GAUCAAGCUGGGGAAAUCACCUCGCCGACUCUAUCGGCAGGGUCAGUUUUGAUUGGUGGCCGGCAAUUCCAACAGCACAUAGGCCAUGCGCAUUGUAACUCAUGCACAAGAGCAUCAGACAUGCAUGUUACCAGCAUCAGUGUGGUGAUGGGCUGUGGUCUGCGUGUGACAGCUCAGAGGAAAGCCUGACACCAGCUGAGGACAUCCUGAUGGUAUGGCAUUUUGGAAGAGGGACACUGACGUCGAAUGAGGCUGCGAAUGGGAAAUGGCGGUGAGAUGGCUGAGAAGUAUCCUACCAUGGACAGGAGGCUCGACACCACGUCGGAAAGAUCACACCCCAGGCCAAGCAGAAGAAGAGCGCCAUGUCCGAGCUAAUGACCGCGUUUACAACGAGAGGUUCUCCUACGCUGACAACCGGAUUAAAACGUCUAAGUACAACGUCUUCACCUUCCUGCCCAUCAAUCUGUUUGAGCAAUUUCAACGAGUGGCCAAUGCCUACUUCUUAGUGUUGCUCAUUUUACAGCUAAUUCCUGAGAUCUCAUCCCUCUCCUGGUUCACCACUAUCGUGCCUUUAGUGAUGGUACUGGCCAUCACCGCUGUCAAAGAUGCCACAGAUGACUAUUUCCGAUACAAAAGUGAUGAACAGGUCAACACUCGCCAGUCUCAGGUGCUCUUGCAGGGCAAGCUGCAGAAUGAGAAGUGGAUGAAUGUGCGUGUGGGAGAUGUAAUCAAGCUGGAGAAUAACCAGUUUGUGGCUGCAGAUCUGCUGCUCCUCUCCAGCAGUGAACCCUAUGGCCUUUGCUACAUAGAGACUGCAGAGCUGGAUGGGGAGACCAAUCUGAAGGUGCGACAGGCCCUGACCGUCACCUCUGAGCUCGGGGCCGAUAUCGCCAGACUUGCAGAGUUUGAUGGUGAGGUCAUCUGCGAGCCGCCCAACAACAAGCUGGACCGCUUCACGGGAACGCUGUACUGGUGCGGGAACAAGCACCCAUUGGACAACCAGAGCAUGCUGCUGAGGGGGUGUGUCCUCCGCAACACGGACUGGUGCUUCGGACUUGUGGUGUUUGCAGGCCUUCAGACCAAGCUGAUGCAAAACUGUGGUCGGAGCUCCUUCAAGAGGACCAGCAUAGACAAGCUGAUGAACACAUUGGUGCUCUGGAUCUUCGGCUUCCUCUUCUGCAUGGGCAUCAUCUUGGCCAUUGGUAAUGGCAUCUGGGAGGUGCAGGUGGGCCGCUCCUUCUGGGCGAGCCUCCACUGGGGGGAGCUACUGAGCAGCGCCGCCUACUCCGGCUUUCUAACCUUCUGGUCCUACGUCAUCAUCCUCAACACCGUCGUGCCCAUCUCACUCUACGUCAGUGUGGAGGUGUUGCGUCUGGGCCACAGCUACUUCAUUAACUGGGACAGGAAGCUGUAUCUGGCGUCGCGGGACACGCCAGCGCAGGCACGCACCACUACCCUUACGGAGGAGCUGGGACAGGUGGAGUUUAUCUUCUCAGACAAGACCGGCACGCUCACGCAGAACAUCAUGCUCUUCAACAAGUGCUCCAUCAACGGCACCAUCUACGGUGAAGUGUAUGACGACUUCGGCCACAAAGUGGACAUCACAGAGAGGACGCCAUGUGUAGAUUUCUCCUUCAACCCGUUGAGCGAUCCAAAGUUCCGUUUCCAUGACGAGGGCCUGCUGAAGGCCAUAGAGGCGGGAGAGAGCUGUGUCCAUGAGUUCUUCAGGCUGCUCGCCCUCUGCCACACCGUCAUGUCCGACGAGAGGAAUGAAGAGGAAGAGCUUCUGUACCAGGCCCAGUCACCUGAUGAGGGCGCUCUGGUCACCGCGGCGCGGAACUUUGGCUUCGUGUUCCGCUCUAGAACGCCCGAGACCAUCACGCUGUGCGAGCUGGGGCGGCCGGUCACCUACCAGCUGCUGGCUUUCCUAGACUUCAACAACGUCCGCAAGAGGAUGAGUGUCAUUGUGAGAAAUCCAGAGGGUGUGAUCAAGCUGUAUUCCAAAGGUGCUGACACCAUAGUGUUUGAGCGGCUGCACCCGUCCAAUGAGGAGCUCAUGUCUACUACCUCCGAACACCUUGAUGAGUUUGCGGGGGAAGGCUUGCGCACCCUGGCGCUGGCCUACAAGGUUCUGGAUGAGGAUGCGUUUGGGGAAUGGAUGAAGAGGCUGCUCUACGCCUCCACAGAGCUGGACAACAGAGACGAGCUGCUCAACGAGCUGUACGAGGAGAUGGAGACGGACCUGAUGUUGUUGGGUGCAACAGCGGUGGAGGACAAGCUGCAGCAGGGUGUCCCUGAGACCAUAGCCUGCCUGUCCCUCGCCAACAUCAAGAUCUGGGUGCUGACAGGAGACAAGCUUGAGACGGCCAUGAACAUCGGCUACUCGUGCAACAUGCUCAGGGACGACAUGAACGAGGUGUUUAUCAUCUCAGGACUCACCUCUCAACAGGUCGCACAUGAACUCAGGGGUGCCCGUGAGCGAAUCCUAGGGCCCAGCUCUGCCAAGCUGAGCACCGCCGGGAAGUCCACCUCUUCUGGCAGCGACUCUGUGUUCGAGGAAACCAUUAUUGCGGAAUAUGCGUUAGUCAUCAACGGACACAGCUUGGCCCAAGCUCUGGAUGUGGACCUGGAGAUGGUGCUGUUGGAGGUGGCGUGCCUCUGCAAGACGGUCAUCUGUUGCAGGGUGACGCCGCUGCAGAAGGCCCAGGUGGUGGAGCUGGUCAAGAGGCACAAGGGAGCCGUCACGCUGGCCAUCGGGGACGGAGCAAACGACGUCAGCAUGAUAAAGACGGCCCACAUUGGUGUGGGUAUCAGCGGGCAGGAGGGCAUGCAGGCCGUCCUGGCGAGCGACUACUCCUUCGCCCAGUUCCGCUACCUGCAGCGCCUCCUGCUGGUGCACGGCCGCUGGUCCUACCUGCGCAUGUGCAAGUUCCUCUGCUACUUCUUCUACAAGAACUUUGCCUUCACGCUCGUCCACUUCUGGUUCGGCUUCCUCUGUGGCUUCUCAGCGCAAACUGUGUAUGACCAAUGGUUCAUCACCCUCUUCAACAUCGUCUACACAUCUCUACCUGUGUUGGCCAUGGGCCUGUUUGACCAGGAUGUGAAUGACCAGUUCAGCCUGCGCUACCCCAGUCUGUACCGGCCCGGCCAGCUCAACCUGCUCUUCAACAAGCGCAAGUUCUUCACCUGCACGCUGCACGGCGUCUUCACCUCGUUUGUCCUCUUCUUCGUGCCGUACGGCCUCAAUCUCUCCGCCGUCCGCGACGACGGCGCGCACAUAUCCGACCAGCAGGCCUUCGCUGUCACCACGGCGACCUCCCUGGUCAUCGUGGUCAGUGUGCAGAUCAGUUUGGACACCAACUACUGGACGGCGGUGAACCACUUCUUUGUGUGGGGCAGCCUGCUCAUGUACUUUGCCAUUCUCUUCGCCAUGCACAGCGACGGCCUCUUCGACCUAUUCCCCAACCAGUUCCCCUAUGUCGGCACUGCUCGUAAUGCCCUGGCUCAGAGGAGUGUGUGGCUGGUCAUCCUGUUGACCACAGUGGUGUGCAUCGUGCCCAUGCUGGCCAUACGACUCCUCAAGAAGGACCUCGACCCCUCCCUCUCAUACAAGGUGCGCGUGCUGCAGAGGGCCAGCCGUAAGCAGCGUCCCCAGGAGCAGAGUCUGAAGCGCGUGCGGAGGACCAGCUCCCGCCGCUCGGCCUACGCCUUCGCCCACCAGCAGGGCUAUGGCGAGCUCAUCACCUCCGGACGCAACAUGAAGCUCAGAGGCUCCGGCCACAGCGCCGACGUCAGCCGCGCCGGAAGCCACACCUACUGGGUCGACCCCGUCCUCAAGGGCAGCAGCGACGUCUCCCUACAAGCGGAGCUAGGCGCCAAGGACUGCAGCUACACUCACAGCAGUACAGAGCUAGAACUACCCCCCAAGGAGAUCAGCUCCUCUGGCUGGAUCACAUCGCUGUUCGCAUCGAUAGGCUGGGCCUUUGGGUCGGGAGCAGCCAGUGAGGGCUCCCACGCGGGUCCCUCGGAUAACACAGAGCUGCCUGGAGAGAGAACAGGAGGUUCUUCGGACAGCAGUGAGGUUCCUGGAGAUAUGAAUGUCGGUUCUUCAGAUAGCGGUGAAGUUCCUGGAGUAGUGAAUGUCAGUUCUUCGGACAUCAGUGAGGUUCCUGGAGUUGUGAAUGUAAUUUAUUCGGAUAGCAGUGAGGUUCCCGGAGGGUUGAAUGACGGUUCUUUGGACAGCUGUGACGUUCUAGGAGGAACUACUGAGGUCCCUGCCGGCCACACAGACACAGGGAUGGAGUCUGGGGAAGAGCAAAGCUCAGUCUCAGAGAUUGCCUAAAAAAACACUGACAGACAGCAUGGCAUCAACACACACACACACACACACACACACACACACACACACACACACACACUGACAAAGAAAACUGAAGGUAACAGCUGAGCCCAUGUGCGAGGCCUCUUCCUACAAUAGAACUAUGUACCUCCAAACUAGUUACUGGUAAAAAGUGACCCGUGUAACACAUGAUAUCCGAACACUCAUUCAUAGUAUCAUUAUAUUUCCUAAAGAAACUCUUCUUCAAAUGCCUGGUGGCCUAGUGGCCUGCAGGGAGUUUAUAAAGUUCUUUUUUAUGCCAAUAAACCCUCUGAUGAAUACAGACCCUCAGAUAAUAUGAAUAUCCCCUUCAUAUACAGUAGUAGACAGCAUACAGUAUUCUGUAAAUGUGUAGGAUGAUUGACGCAUCUACGUACAGGAAGAUAAACAGAUACCUCCGUGUUUAAGCAGCUUAUUUCUUUUCAGUUUAUGGGAUUGUAUGAUGUGAGACAUGGCCUUGGUUGUGCAAUAUAAUAAUACUCAAUGAUUUGGAAUGAUGGUGGUAGAAUGUGUCCUUCUGCUAAAAAAAAGCUCACAGUAUGGUUUUUGCCUGUUAGCAAAGCACAUAUUGUACUGUUACCUCAGACACAUUAUCAUUUUAUAGAAGCCCUGAUUCCCCUCUAACAAACACAUUUUUAAAGAAAACGAGGACUCCAGGCUCUUCUAUUAGAUGAUUUACCUCUUAACUUAACCUGGUUUACUCCUCAAACAGCUUUGUAGUAUAGGCCCAAGGUGGACAUGGCUGUAGAACAACUGCGUGCCUUUCACAUCCUCUCCUGAAUGAUGAGUGUCAGUAUUUACUGGCACAGACUAGACUUAAAUCAUUAUACUGACAUCCUAGGAGACUAAUGUUUGCCUUGAUGGGCAGACAGGUCAGAGGCAGUUUCUUCAUAUGAAGAGCAUGAGAGUGCCUUUACCAAUGCAUACGGGCAUUGCACACAGAACAGCUACGAGAGUUGUCCCUUAUCUGUGUGUGACAAAUGUCCUAGAUAGUUACAAUAUUCAUGUGCGUAUGUGUAAGGAGAACUGAGAAGAAUCCCCUCUGGAUCUGAGGUGUGUAUGCACAUGCACGUGACUGCCUCAGUAGUCGUAGUCUGCAUGUGGAGGUAGGAGAAUGGGACAAGGCAACGUUACAAAUAAAGGCUGCAGGAGCUCUCAUACCAUGAGAGCCCACAUCUUGAUGCUAUGUGUGUGUGUGUGUGUGUGUGUGU